CGGGGCUGCGGCACAGGCCGGGCGGCACCAUGGCGGCGGCGGCGCCUGCUGCUGCUGCUGCUGCUGCGGCUUCUUCCGAGGCGCCGGCGGCGACUGCGACGGCAGAGCCAGAGGCCGGGGACGAGGACAGUCGCGAGGUCCGAGUGCUGCAGAGCCUGCGGGGCAAGAUCUGUGAAGCGAAAAAUUUAUUGCCAUAUCUUGGACCCAACAAGAUGAGAGAUUGUUUCUGCACCAUAAAUUUGGACCAGGAAGAAGUUUAUCGUACCCAAGUUGUUGAGAAAUCUUUAAGCCCAUUUUUCAGUGAAGAAUUUUACUUUGAGAUUCCAAGAACUUUCCAGUAUUUGUCUUUCUAUGUUUAUGAUAAGAAUGUUUUACAAAGGGACCUUCGUAUAGGAAAAGUAGCCAUCAAAAAAGAAGACCUGUGUAACCACAGUGGUAAAGAAACUUGGUUUUCACUACAGCCUAUUGAUUCCAAUUCAGAGGUUCAGGGUAAAGUUCACCUUGAAUUAAAACUGAAUGAACUGAUAACAGAAAAUGGAACUGUGUGCCAGCAGCUUGUUGUACACAUCAAGGCAUGCCAUGGGUUGCCUCUCAUAAACGGACAAAGCUGUGACCCUUAUGCAACAGUUUCUCUAGUGGGCCCUUCUCGGAAUGACCAAAAGAAGACAAAAGUAAAGAAGAAAACAAGCAACCCGCAGUUUAAUGAAAUCUUUUAUUUUGAGGUAACAAGAUCCAGUAGUUAUACCAGAAAGUCCCAGUUCCAGGUAGAAGAGGAGGACAUUGAAAAGCUGGAGAUUAGGAUCGACUUGUGGAACAAUGGAAACCUGGUCCAAGAUGUUUUCCUAGGUGAGAUUAAGGUCCCUGUGAACGUGUUAAGAAAUGAUUCCUCUCAUCAAGCCUGGUACUUGCUGCAACCAAGAGACAAUGGAAACAAGUCAUCUAAAACGGAUGACCUGGGAUCCCUUCGAUUAAAUAUAUGUUAUACAGAAGACUAUGUGCUUCCUUCAGAGUACUAUGGUCCUUUGAAAACUCUGCUGCUAAAAUCACCAGAUGUUCAGCCGAUAUCUGCCUCAGCUGCUUACAUUUUGGGUGAAAUAUGUCGAGAUAAAAAUGAUGCUGUUUUGCCCCUUGUACGACUGCUGCUCCACCAUGAUAAACUUGUUCCUUUUGCCACUGCAGUGGCUGAAUUAGACUUGAAGGAUAUACAAGAUGCAAACACAAUUUUUAGAGGAAAUUCCUUGGCUACCCGAUGUCUGGAUGAGAUGAUGAAAAUAGUGGGAGGGCACUACCUGAAAGUAACAUUAAAACCUAUUCUAGAUGAGAUAUGUGAAUCCUCAAAAUCCUGUGAAAUUGAUCCUAUUAAAUUGAAAGAGGGAGAUAAUGUAGAAAAUAAUAAGGAGAAUCUGCGCUACUAUGUAGACAAGUUAUUCAGUACAAUUGUAAAGUCAAGUAUGAGCUGCCCCACUGUAAUGUGUGAUAUCUUUUAUUCUCUGAGACAAAUGGCUACUCAAAGAUUUCCUAAUGACCCUCAUGUUCAGUAUUCUGCAGUGAGCAGCUUUGUAUUUCUUCGUUUCUUUGCUGUAGCAGUAGUAUCACCUCAUACUUUUCAUUUGCGACCUCAUCAUCCAGAUCCACAGACAAUUAGGACAUUAACUCUCAUCUCAAAAACCAUUCAAACUUUGGGAAGCUGGGGGAGUCUGUCCAAAAGCAAGUCAAGUUUCAAAGAGACAUUCAUGUGUGAAUUUUUCAAAAUGUUUCAAGAGGAAGGAUAUAUCAUGGCAGUUAAAAAGUUCUUGGAUGAAAUUUCAUCUACUGAAACUAAAGAGUCCAGUGGUACAAGUGAGCCUGUGCACCUGAAAGAAGGUGAGAUGUAUAAAAGAGCUCAGGGAAGAACUCGGAUUGGAAAAAAGAAUUUCAAGAAACGGUGGUUCUGCUUAACAAGCAGAGAGCUCACCUACCACAAGCAGCCAGGUAGCAAAGAUGCAAUUUACACCAUUCCAGUGAAAAACAUUCUUGCUGUGGAAAAACUGGAAGAGAGCUCUUUCAAUAAGAAAAAUAUGUUCCAAGUGAUACAUACGGAGAAACCACUCUAUGUCCAGGCAAAUAACUGUGUAGAAGCUAACGAGUGGAUAGAUGUGCUGUGCAGGGUGAGCCGAUGCAAUCAGAACAGGCUCACUUUUUACCAUCCUUCUGCGUAUCUAAAUGGAAACUGGCUCUGCUGUCUGGAGACCAGUGAAAAUGCUCUCGGCUGCAAGCCAUGUACUGCAGGUGUCCCUGCAGACAUCCAAAUAGAUAUUGAUGAAGACAGAGAAACAGAAAGAAUUUAUUCCCUUUUUACUCUCAGUUUACUUAAGCUGCAGAAAAUGGAAGAGGCUUGUGGAACUAUAGCCGUCUAUCAAGGACCACAAAAAGAGCCAGAUGACUAUUCUAACUUUGUAAUCGAGGAUUCUGUAACAACCUUUAAGACAAUUCAGCAAAUAAAAAGCAUCAUAGAGAAGCUGGAUGAACCUCAUGAAAAGUAUAGGAAGAAAAGAUCGAGUAGUGCAAAAUAUGGGAGCAAGGAAAAUCCAAUUGGUGGGAAAACAACUUAAGUGUUUGACCAAUUGAUUCAGAAGAACUGGAAAAUAUUAUUUUUGUCAGAGUUUUUCAAUUCAUCUUAUACUUUGUUCAAAGUAUUUAAGAAUGAACAUUGACUUCAAUGUCACCUGCAUCCACGUUGUAUUUAAUAUUUAAUAAUCGAAAUUAACUGCUUGGGAAUCCUGGUAUUGAUGUAUUCCUAGAGAAUUUAAAACCCAAGAUUCCCUUCAUAUCUUAUGUGUUGAAAGCCAUGUUUCUGCAACUUCUUUUUAAUAGAGUCUUCCUAAAGAAAAGAAGCUUUGUAACAAAAGGAGAAGCCCCUCCAUAGCAAGAAACCAUCUCUUCUUGUAACACUCGGUGUUCUGUGGACUUUUCACUACCAUUAGUGCCUGCUCUGUACUGCCAACAUUGUGUUUUACUAGGAAAUCCUAAUCCAUGACUAUUCAGAGCUUUCCAUUUAGUUCAUCUAGACUCUCUCUCUUCAAAAAAGAAAAAAAAAAAAAAAAAAAGAUUUCCUUUGGUCCAACGGUCAUUACAGUUUCCAUUACGGACAGUGACAGAAACGUUCAAAAACUGCCAGAGCAUCCUUUUGCCUAUUUAGAGAUGUAAACAGAACUCAGAAAGGAGGAAUCAGGGAACAGGUACUGUUGUGUGCAUCUUGUUUACAUUUGGGAUGAGUGAUUGGCAAAGGAAAUAAAAUGAGACCACUAAAUUUUU